AUGUCCACCCUUUCUCCAUACAAAGCUGAAUUCCUCAAAGCCGCAAUUGAUGGCGGGGUCCUCAAAUUCGGCAGCUUCGAAUUGAAGUCGAAACGAAUCUCUCCUUACUUUUUCAACGCCGGCGAUUUCUACCGCGCAGAUCUUCUCCGCGCUAUUUCUACUGCUUAUGCAAAGGCUAUCAUCGAGGCACAAGAAGCAAACAUUCUGGACUUCGAUAUUGUGUUUGGACCUGCAUACAAGGGCAUUCCUCUUGCGACAGCUACCGUGGAUAAGUUGGCCGAUCUCGAUCCAAAAUACAAUACUAUGUGUUAUUCUUUCGAUAGAAAGGAAGCCAAGGAUCACGGAGAGGGAGGAAAUAUCGUAGGAGCUCCUUUGAAGGGAAAGAGAGUUUUGAUCGUGGAUGAUGUUGUGACUGCCGGAACUGCAAAGAGGGAGGCCAUUGACAAGAUUCGCAAGGAGGGUGGCAUUGUAGCUGGUAUUUUGGUGGCAUUGGACCGAAUGGAAAAAUUGCCUUCGCCAACUGGAGAUGAUAGUGCCCCAAUGCCAAGUGCGAUUGGAGAGAUCAGAAAAGAAUAUGGGAUUCCAGUUUUGUCUAUUUUGACAUUAGAUGAUAUUAUUGGAGGUCUCAGCGGCAUUGCGUCAGAGGAAAAUGUCAAGAAUAUGGAAGAAUACAGGGCUAAGUACAAGGCCAGCGAUUAA